GUUGUUAUCUCUUCCCCCCCGACAAUGUGCUCCCAGGAGUGGCACUUCCUCCACAGAGCUGGAAAUUUCAUGGAAUAGCCUUCCCUGCUGGGAGAAUUCCAGCCGGUUUUCCAAACUCUUCCUCACCAAGGCCCCUCUGGACAACCUCCCUCCUCCCUGAGUUUGUUUAUAUGCUUUGAAUCCCGUUAGGAAACCAUCUCCCUCCUUCAGCGCUGGUUUAUCCAAGUUUCCAUAUUUAGUUCUUUCAGCUAUUCCUGUUCCUGAACCAGCUUUCCUGCCGGGACCUGCUGCAUCCCAGUUUUUCCCUCCAGCAGCUGCCACGGGAGGGAAUUAUCCCACAUCCUCCCUGCACCGAUGGAUGCUUGCACUCACUGAGCCACCCCGAUCCCAAAUCUCUCCCCAGGCCCUAAUCCCGAGAUUUGGGAUGGCAGCCCGAGGUGCUGCCCAUGGGAUGGGGAGCUGGGAAUUGCGGGAUUUUAGGGAGGGACAGAGUUAAAGGCGGUGAAGGAGGCUUUGCUCCUGGCACGUGGCUCCAUGUCAGCCGGCAGAGGCAACGCAGGGAGAGCGCCGGGAGGGAGGAAUUCACCCCGGAGGAAUUCACCGGGAGCAGGGAGACGCUGCCUGGAGGGAAAUCGGUGCUUGGAUCCCGGCAGCCAAGCUGAUCCCGGGCAGCAGAGCCGGUGCCGGUGCCGGCGGGCGCGCUGACCAUGUUCAACGGGGAUGCCAGCUCCUCAUCUGCCAGGAAUGUGGUGCGCAGCUCCAGCAUCAGCGGCGAGAUGUACAGCCUGGAGAAGAGCGCGCGCGGCAGCGCCGACUCCGUCUCCGUCACCGUCACCGCCAGCAAGAAGCGACGCUCCAGCCUGGGCGCCAAGAUGGUGGCGAUCGUGGGGCUGUCCCAGUGGAGCAAGAGCACCCUGCAGCUCAACCAGACCGAGGGGGGCCCCAAGAAGCUGCGCAGCACCAUCCGCAGGAGCACCGAGACCGGCAUCGCCGUGGAGAUGAGGACCAGGGUGACCCGGCAGGGCAGCCGGGAGUCCACGGACGGCAGCACCAACAGCAACAGCUCCGACGGCACGUUCAUCUUCCCCACCACGCGGCUGGGAGCAGAGAGCCAGUUCAGCGAUUUCCUCGACGGGCUGGGGCCGGGGCAGCUCGUGGGGCGGCAGACCCUGGCAACCCCCCCGAUGGGCGAUGUCCACGUCGGCAUGGCUGACCGCAACGGGCAGCUGGAGGUGGACGUGAUCCAGGCCAGGGGACUCAUCCCAAAGAUGGGCUCCAAGUGCAUCCCUGCCACCUAUGUGAAGGUUUACCUGCUGGAGAACGGCGUCUGCCUGGCCAAGAAGAAGACCAAGGUGGUGAAGAAAACCUGCGACCCCUCGUACCAGCAGCCCCUGCUCUUCGAGGAGAGUCCCCAGGGCAAAGUCCUGCAGGUGAUCGUCUGGGGCGAUUACGGGCGCAUGGACCACAAGUGCUUCAUGGGGAUGGCCCAGAUCAUCCUGGAGGAGCUGGAUCUCUCCAGCGCCGUCUCGGGCUGGUACAAACUCUUCCCAACCUCCUCCCUGGCCGACUCCAGCAUCGGACCCCUGACCCGCCGCCUCUCCCAGUCCUCCCUGGAGAGCUCCACCAGCCCCUCCUGCCCGUAGAGGCUGGGAUUGGGAAGGAGACAUCCAAGGAGACCUUGCAGAACUGGUCGUGGAGAGCUGUAAAUAUCCUUUUUUUUUUUUUCUUCUUCCUUUUUUUUUUUUAAUUUUCAAUCUCCUUCCCCCACAAAAAAAUCUGCCCUGGACGCCCUCCCUGGGAAGGGAGAGGGAGCGAGGACCGGGUGUGAGGCAGGGGGGAAGGAGAGGUGAAAAUUCCCUCCGAGGGCUGCGACUGCCAACGACCCCAGACUGUUCCCAGACCUCGUCCUGGAAGCUCCCAGCUCUCUCCCAACCCUGCUGGGAGCAGCCCAGUCUGGCUGAGGACGAGGUUCCUUUUUCCUGCCACUCCCUUUCCCUGCCUCCCAGGAAAAGGUGGCUUUCCGAGGGGAGAACCCCACCGAACUCAGAACAAAUCCAACUCAGCACUAUUUUUGUUUUCCAAGGAAUGUAGCAUCUUCUCUUAUGUAGCUUUGCCACGUGCUAACAACACACUCACUGCAAUAUCCAAGAGAACUCCGGAUGGACCGGGAACAUCUGCCAGUCUCAUCCCGUUUGGUCGCUUUCCCAGCACUUUUGGUGGCCAUUUCCCUGCCUUUUUUAUAUUUUUUUCCCCAAUUUUUUUUUGGUUUUUUGGGUUUUCCCGGGAGCAUGUAGCCUGUGACCAUUGCCAAAGCAAGAGGGGACAGGGAAAGGGGCGCCGGCCUCCCCUCGGUGUCCACCGGGCUCCUCCUCGUGUCUCGUCCGGCCAAAACCAGACCCAAAGGACAAACUCUGGGAAUGCCUGGUGGGAGGCGGGAGAAGGCGACCCAACGGAGCGGGAACACCGGGAUCCUGGCGGAUCAGCUGCCUCCCAGCCCCCUCCUUCCCAGCUGGAGGGCUGGGAUGCUCUCCUUGAGGUCUGGAAUGCUCUCCUUGGAGCUGGGAUGUCCUUCUUGAGGUCUGGAAUGCUCUCCUUGGAGCUGAGAUGUUCUCCUCGAGGUCCGGAAUGCUCUCCUUGGAGCUGAGAUGUUCUCCUCGAGGUCUGGAAUGCUCUCCUUGGAGCUGGGAUGUCCUCCUUGAGGUCUGGAAUGUUCUCCUUGGAGCUAAGAUGUCCUUCUUGAGGUCUGGAAUGCUCUCCUUGGAGCUGGAAUGCUCUCCUUGGAGCUGAGAUAUCCUCCUUGGA